AUGCAUGUGAAUGUGAACGGUAAUCCAUUCUACUUCUUCAAGCACCGCAUGCCGUUUGAGGAUGUGACUGCCAUAAAGUUCGUUGGGGAUGUAGCCAUUGAGGCCAUCAACAUCGCAGAGAGCAUCCCAUAUGUGAAAAGAAUUUACGGCGGUUUGAAGGUGGGGAUGCAUCUAUACUUCCGGGGAGUUGUGCACCGCAAGAUCAACAGGUUCCACAUCAACCUGCAGUAUGGGCAGCAGCGUGGCCUUAAAGCCUUACACUUCAACCCCAGGUUCAGACCCUCACAGGUGGUGGUGUUAAACUCCUUCCGAAAUGGCAGAUGGGAUCUGGAGGAGAGGGUCCAUGAGAUGCCCUUCUGUAAGGGAGAGAGCUUUGAGAUUCUCUUCAUUGUCACUGCAAAGGGCUACCAGGUGAACGUAAACGGCCGUCCGUUCUACACGUUCAAGCACCGCAUGCCUGUGAAGACUGUGAACGCCAUAAAGAUCGCUGGGGAUGUUUCCAUAGAAACCAUCAACAUCACUGGGAAAAUCCCACACGUGGGGCUCAUCUACGGUGGAUUGAGGACGGGGACGUAUAUGUACUUCCGAGGAACCAUUCCACAUAAGAUAGCGAGAUUCCACAUCAACCUGAACUUGGGGGAGUUGAAAGGAUGUGACAAAGCCUUACACUUCAACCCUCGGUUCAAGCCCUCAGAGGUGGUGGUGUUCAACUCCUUCCGGAAUGGCAGAUGGGAUCGGGAGGAGAGGGUCAAUAAGAUGCCCUUCCGUAGGGGAGAGGACUUUGAGCUGCUCUUCAUUGUCACUGCACAUGGCUUUCAGUAUGUGCAUUGUACUUGUGUAUAA